AUGGCGCCCAUCGAAGCCGCGUUCCGCGUCGCGUCCACGGACGCGGCCUACACCCAGGCCGAGGCUCCGAUCGACCUUGACGCCCUCAACUUGUUCCUCAGGGACUCGAGGGCCAUCGCGAUGGACCCGAACGGUGCGCCCGUCACGCUCGUGAUGGGCAACGAGGCGGCGGACCUCGACUCCAUCGUCAGUGCCAUCACGUACGCACUGCACGUGACGAGACGUUCGUGCAUCGACUACGAGUGGAUGGACCGGGAUCCCCCAGAUCCCGUCACCGGCGAUUUCGACGGGUGGAACAACGAGAAGGAAUCGCAGUGCGAGCUGCGAUUCGCGGUGCCGUACGUGGCGUGCGCGCGCGAAGACCUGCCCCUGCGAGGCGACGCCGCGUGGCUCCUGGACGACAUCGGCGUGGACGUGGACUCCAUCGUUUUCGCCGACGAUCUCGACCCGAUGGCGCUCGACGCGAGCGGGCGCCUGCGCGACGUCGUCCUCGUCGACCACAACGUGCCCCAAGCCAAGCACCGCGAGUUGCUGAGCAAAACCACGCGGGUCAUCGAUCACCACGUAGACGAGGAGCUCUACCCGCUGGAGUGCGACGUCAUGAUCGGUCCGGUGGGAUCGUGCGCCACGCUCAUCGCGGAGCAGGCGAGCGAGGAGGCGGAGAUCGGUUUGGACGGCAUGCUCGGCCACGGGUACACGGGUAACGCGCGAGGACUGUGGGCGGGACCCCUCGCGAAGAUGAUCGCCGCCGCCAUCCUCGCGGACACGCAGAACCUCGACGUGAACAACGAGCGAACGCGGAUGGAGGACUACGUGUGGUGCCACAGGCUCGCAGCCUUUGCCGGGUACGAGGAUGUCGAAGCGAUGACGUCGCUGUACGAGACGUUGAAGCGGCGACGUUUCGAUCAGAGCGGGCUGUCGCCCAGGGACUUGCUUCGCAGGGAUUACAAGCAGUGGACGCUGGGCGACGACGUUAACGUCGGCAUCGCGUCGUUCGGCGUCGCGCUGAACGCGAUGGGAGACGCCGGAGACGUCAAGGCGACGUGCGAUGCGUUCAUGAGGGAUCGUGGCGUGCGCGUGUUGGUGCUCAUGUCGGCGUUCGAGGGUGAGGACGGAUCGUUUGAGCGGCAACUCGGCUUUACCUCGUUGGACGACGAAGGCGCGCGUCUGUGCGAGAAGAUGGCGAUCGCGAUUGGCGACGGGCUCGGGGGUUUGCGAACGAUCGAAGGGGCCGGUGGAGCGUUCGGGGCGAUGGCGUUCCAUCAAGGGGACGCGAAGGCGUCGAGGAAGAAGGUUCAGCCGCUCGUUGCGGAGUUUCUCGAGGCGGAGAAGGCGGCGGCUGACGGCGUCGGCUGA